GGCGGCGCGCUCUCCGCCACGCUCCCCGGGACCAUGGCCGCGCCACGCCCCGGGCCCGCGUCCGAGGACGCCGCGCUGUCGCUGGGCCUGGCGCGCACCAAGGCCCGCAGCUACGGCAGCACCGGCCGCGCGCGCGCCCUGGGCCUCGGGGCGCCGCGCCCCGUGCAGCACCACGUCCGCGCCGGGGACACGCUGGCCGGGGUGGCGCUCAAAUACGGGGUCUCGAUGGAACAGAUUAAAAGGGCCAAUAAACUGUUCACCAACGACUGUAUCUUUCUGAAGAAAACCUUGAGCAUCCCAGUUAGAUCAGAGCAGCCUUUGGUGUUCAAUGGACUGAGCUCCUCGGAUUCUCCAGAAAGUGAAGCUGGUGACAGCAGCUUUCCUCCUUCAGAGGAGCUGGGGGUAGCGGGGGAUGAGCUUCUGCCUCCCAGUCCCCAGGGACCAGCCCCUCGGCCUGUGCAGCCCAAGGAGGUGUCAGCCAGAGACUUCCUGGACAGAGUGGACCUGCAGAUCAAACUGUCCACGCAGGCAGCCCAGCGGCUGAAGCAGGAGAGCAGAGAUGAACAAAGUCCCUAUGCGACCUCCCUUUAUCACAGUUAGGCGAUUGGUCUUCGUGCUGACCAGGACGAGGAGAAGGCUGGAGCCUAAAGAGCCUGAGCUCGAAGACUCGGGAGAGCUGGGGUUCCCUCAGCUCACUGAGAGCCGCAACGCUGCCGCCUGGUUCCCGCUCCUAGACUUCUGUCUUUACCGUGGUGUGGUAGCAGCAGUGUACCUAAACUCACUGCUUUGGUAGGUGGUAGUAGUUUCUAGCCUUGCUUUUAUAAUUGCUGGUCUAUGUCAGUCCUAAGAGGUUUAUGUAUUUAUGCCGAAGACAAUGUUUAUCUCCUGAUAAAACCCAAAUUUUGUGAAAACCCCAGAGGCUGAUUAAGUAAUGGCUGAUUUCUGUGUGUUUACAAGAAAUGCUAUAUAAAUAUUAUAUUUCAAUAUGUAUUACAUAUUCUGUAUUCAUGGAAAGAACCAAAUUUUGUCUGCUAUUUUGUAAAACUGAACUACAAAAGUCUGAAUGAGAAAAUAAACUAUGUUUUCAUA